UAUAAAUGCAACCACGUCCCGCAAGAUAGAUACGUAGAUAUGGCCGUUACAGCACCAUAUAUAUGUCCAAAUAAUAAAAAACUCUCUUGCACACGCAAAUAAUCUCCAUCAGGCCAGGCCACCAUCACAUCAGCGAUCGAUCGAUCAAGUUUGGCUUGCCAUGCCCAUGACACUCGCUGCCGUGGCCGCCGAGGUGCGCGCGCAGCGCGGCAUCGCCCUCCCCCUCAUCGCCAUGAACCUCACCUGGUUCGCCAAGCUCGCCGUCACCACCGCCUUCCUGGGCCGCCUCGGCGACCUGGAGCUGGCCGCCGGCACGCUCGGCUACAGCUUCGCCAAUGUCACCGGCUUCGCCGUCCUCACCGGCCUCUGCGGCGCCAUGGAGCCCAUCUGCGGCCAGGCGCACGGCGCCAGGAACGUGCCCCUCCUCCGCCGGACGCUCGUCAUGGCCACCCUCCUGCUCCUCGCAGCCUCCGUCCCCAUCGCGCUCCUCUGGGUGCGCGUCGACGCCGUCCUCCUGCGCUUCGGCCAGCAGCCCGACAUCGCCGCCACGGCCAGGACCUACGUGCUCUGCCUCCUCCCGGACCUCGCCGUCACCUCCUUGCUCAGCCCGCUCAAGGCCUACCUCAGCUCGCAGGAGGUGACGCUCCCCACGCUGCUGGCCGCCGCCCUGGGCCUCGCCCUCCACAUCCCGCUCACCAUCUGCCUCUCCGCGAGGAUGGGCAUCCGGGGCGUGGCCGCUGCCGUCUGGCUCAGCGACCUCGCCGUGGCGGCCAUGCUCGCCGCCUACGUGGUCGCGUACGAGCUCCGCCGCCGCGGGGACACCAGCAGCAGCUGCGGCGGUCGCGGAUCCUGCAGCUGGGUGGCGCUGCUCCGGCUGGCGCUGCCCUGCUGCCUCAACACGUGCCUCGAGUGGUGGUCCUACGAGAUCCUGGUGCUCCUGACAGGGCGCUUGCCCGACGCGCGCCGCAUGGUGGCUGUCGUCGCCGUCACGCUCAACUUCGAUUACCUCCUCUUCGCCGGCAUGCUUUCCCUGUCAGUGAGCGCCUCCGUGCGCGUGUCCAACGAGCUGGGCGCGGGGGACGCGCCCCUGGCGCGCCGCGCCGCCAGGGUGUCGAUGGCGGGCGGCGCGGUGGCCGGCGUGGCGGGCGGGCUGGUUAUGCUGGCGGCACGGCGGCCGUGGGCGCGCAUGUACACGCGCAGCCCGGAGGUCCGCGACGGCGUGGCGAGCGCCAUGAAGGUGAUGGCGGCGCUGGAGUUGGUGAACUUCCCGCUGAACGUGUGCGGCGGCAUCGUGCGGGGCACGGCGCGGCCGGUGCUGGGCAUGUACGCGGUGGUCGGCGGCUUCUACGUGGUGGCGCUGCCGGUGGGCGUGGCGCUGGGGUUCAAGGCCCGGCUGGGGCUGGAGGGCCUCCUGGCGGGAUUCCUUGUGGGCGCCGCGGCGAGCCUGGCGGUGCUCGUGACGGUGAUCGCGUGCAUGGACUGGGCGGCGGAGGCGGACAAGGCGCGGAGGCGGGCCGGCGGGGACAGCGCCGUUCGCGAGGACGACAGCAACAAGGAGCAAUCGUCAGACUGCAACUGCAAUGCAGUUUGUUAGUUUAGGAGUUAUAGUGCUAGUUAGUUAGGCCAUGCCAUGCCAAGAUGUUGCACUGCAGUUGGCACAAUAGCACUGGACUGGGCUGUACAUUCUCGAGUUCAGUUCAGCUCUCCUCUCAGCUAGCUUCCCCUCUCUGUCAAUCAUCCAUCCAUCCUAAUAGCGGUAAGUCCUUCCCUCUCCGCCAGAUCCUCUACUGCCUUCCUUCGUUUCAAACUGCAAGUCAUUCCAACCUUUCCAGAGAGUCAAAUUAUUUCUACGAUUGACCAAAAUUAUUAUAGAAAAGAUAACAAAGAUCUAUAGCAGUAAAUAGAAAAACUAUGAAGUACUAAUAAUACUUAUUUGUAUUAUAAAUAUUACUACUUUAUUAUAUAAAUUUGAUCAGACUUAAAACUUAAAAUAUUUUGACUCUCCAAAAAAAAUUAGAGUUACAUACAAUAGGAGACGGAGGGAGGAGUAGCUAACUAAACUACUGCAGCUAUACAUGUUUUCAUAUACAUGGGGUAGUAAAUUCAAGUUGGGGCGGCUUAAAGAAAAGCUAGCCCAGCCCAGCCCAGCCCAACUAUGCCGAAAUUGGCCUGCUUUGGCCCAGGUGAGUGGUUGUUUUCUCUUGGUCGUCGUCCUUCUCCUCCUCGCGACCGACACCGACCUUGGGCUGGCUCCCCCAUCCAGAUGGCCGCGCACCUGGUAUCCUGCUGCCUCCCCGGGGCCUCCACCUCCUCUCGCGCCACGGCCGCCGCAGCCUCCUCUUCCUCGCCGCCUAGCUCCAACUUGAAGCCAGCCAAUAGCAGGGGGUACCAGACAAGAAUGGGCCGAAGAGACUUUGUGCUCAGGAGUAGUGAGCUCGCCACGCUCGCCGCCAUCUUCCACUUCAGUGGCACCAAACCAACCUACCUUGGUGUUCAGAAGAAUCCUCCAUCCCUUGCUUUGUGCCCUGCAACCAACAACUGCGUAUCAACAUCCGAGGAAAUAAGCGACUCAAAUCACUAUGCCCCUCCAUGGAACUACAAUCCCAAGGAUGGCCGCAGGGGUAAAUCCAUAAGCAAAGAGGAGGCCAUGAAAGAGCUCAUUGAAGUGGUCAUGAAAACAAAGCCGGACAACUUCACUCCUCGCAUCGUGGAGAAAACAGACGAUUAUGUUCGUGUUGAAUAUGAGAGUCCAAUAUUUGGGUUUGUAGAUGAUGUGGAGUUCUGGUUCCCUCCUGGCAACAAACCAAUUGUUCAGUACCGGUCAGCAUCUCGGUCAGGAUUUAUCGACUUCAAUGCCAAUAAGAAGAGAGUAAAGGAGCUGAGAUUGGCAUUGGAAAAGAAGGGCUGGGAUUCAGAAAGCAACUUCUGAAGGAUGGAAGUGGUACUGCAGACAGGGGUUGAAUACUGGCGGAAUGAGGCUCACAUGUGUCUGGCUCUGGACUACUGCAGUAGAGAGUAGUAAGCUCCCUCGCAACGAUGCUCCUUCACAUGACAUGUCUGUCUCUGUGUGUGUGUGUGUGUGUUCCUUUUAACACUCCACAUGAGAUGAGAAUGAGAUGGAUAGGCUGAGGAGGGUUGUGAUAUUUUUAUUAUGCGAUACUGUAAGCAUUUUUUUUCUCCAAAACGCAGGAGAGCUGCGCUUCAUUGCAUUUUGCAUUAAGAUAGAAGGGGAAAAAAGGCUAUGAUGCAAACACAUUACAUGCAUAUAAAUACUAAAAUACUCCGUUGAAGAUAUGUGUACGGGUUGGUGGUU